AUGCUGUUUUUCUUUCCGCAUUUUCUCGUUCCUUUUUUUUAUUUCUCUCUCUUCUUUUUCACUAUAUCUAAUUUUCGUUUCUUUUUUGUUUCAAGCGUCGUAAGACAUUACGAUCCUCUCGCAUUCUCAAAAGUUUUUCAUUAUUUUCUUUCAACUUUUCUUUCUUUCUGUUUUCUUCAUUUUUUUCUUAUAUCCAGUCUCCUUUUUGAUUCGCAAUUUCUUUUUAUUCUUUUUCUUUUCUUUCUUUCUUUCUUUCUUUAUUUUUCUUAUAUCCUGUUUUCGUUUACAUUCCGAAGUUGUCUUUCUUUAUUUUAUUUUCUUUUUUAUUUGUUUGUUUGUUUCUUUCUUUGUUUUAUAUCUAUAUUUCUUUUUCAUUCCCAAGUUGUCUUUCUUCAUUUUCUCUUCUUUUUCUUCCUUUUUUCUUUCUUUCUUUCUUUUUUCUUAUAUCCAGUUUUCUUUCAUUUUCGAUUUGUCUAUCUUCAUUUUCUUUUCUUUUUCUUCCUUUUUUUUCUCGGAUAUCCAGUUUUCUUUUACAUUCCCAAGUUGUCGUCAUUCAUUUUCUUGCUGUUUGCUUUCUCUUUGUUUUUUCUUAUUAUUAUUAUAUUCAAUUUUUCAUUAACCAUUAUUUUUUUUCAUUUUUAG